UUGCCCGUCACUAAGAUGGCGGCGGUGACCUCAAACACAGGAGCUCUGCGUCUAUCUGCUAGCACGGGAUUUCGUCCAUUCAAUCUCGCGAGGUUUGCUACCAUCACCCACCCCCAAAGUGUGUCGACCUACGGUCAAGGGAAGCCGAUCGCCCUAAGUGGAUGGUUUCGCCAGCAGCGCAAUGGACGGACGUUGAAGGGAUCGAGAGGGCCUGACACUUGGGACGAUGAUGAUCGCUCGAGUUGCCCGCGUUUGUUGCAAAGAUUUUGGGAAAAAGGUCCACCACCACCAAUUGAGUCUGGAUUGCCUGUUUUCCGAAAGUGUGAAAUAGCAGUUCCUAUGCAUCUGAAGCCCAGACAGGCCUGGCUAGAGUCUCUGCGAAGCUAUACUGAUGACAAGCUAGGCAUCGUUGAUUUACACCCUGAUGUUUUUGCAGUACCUCCAAGAAUUGAUAUUCUACAUGAAGUUGCAAUUUGGCAGAAAAACUUCAAAAGAAUAAGCUAUGCCAAGGUGAAGUCUCGAGCUGAAGUGCGAGGUGGAGGUAGGAAGCCGUGGCAACAGAAGGGAAGUGGCAGGGCACGCCAUGGCAGCAUCCGGUCACCAAUAUGGAGGGGAGGUGGUGUUGCCCAUGGUCCUCGAGGGCCAACUAGUUAUUACUACAUGUUGCCUAUGAAAGUGCGUGUCAUGGGACUGAAAGUGGCUCUCACUGUGAAGUUUGCGCAGGAUUACCUUCACAUUGUUGAUUCCCUCGAGAUGCCCAACCCAGAUCCUCAAUUCCUUCUUGACUUGGCACGGUAUCGACACUGGGGAAAUUCUGUUCUUAUUGUAGAUGUAAAUGAAGACAUGCCAGAAAAUAUUUUAGCAGCAACAAAACAUUCUAAAACCAUGACAGUAAUGCCUGUUAUAGGCCUGAAUGUUCACAGUAUGCUGAAAUACGACACCUUGGUUCUUACACUGGAUGCAGUCAAUUUUCUUGAGAAGAAACUGCUAUGGCACAAUACCAGAUUCUCACCCCUCUAUCCAUUCAAACUACCUUACAAAGACUUCCCUUAAGAAUUUAUGCAGUAAACAAGUUUAUAAAAAAAGGACUUUUAUUUUUAUGAAACAAUAAAAUCUAUGACUUCAUCGCACAA